AUGACCGACAACGCCAUCUUCCUAGGUGGAGACUUCCGAAUGUUCCGCUACGCCCUCAGACAUGCGGACACAGACAUGAUGAACAGAUGCAAAGAGCUAAACCCCCCACCACCAGACAUCACCUGGGCUUACGAGGACUACAGGAUCGAGGUGCUCAGGGGCAAUAGCCUCAAUCUCCGGGAUCCGCCCCCACAAUCCGAAGAUGGUCUACCUCAAGGACCGGGCCAUUUCCUCCUCGAGGGCUUUAGAGCCAAACACUUCUCGGCGGACAAGUACAUUAAAGCUGCCGAGUGGCUCAUGGAUAAUGGCUUCAAGGUCUUUAAUCCUGCCGAAGAGAGCAUUUGGAAUGCUGGUCUGAACGGGUACUUCAUCUCGUACAGAGUGCUCGAUGUGCUGACAGCCGCAACCAGUAAGAAGGAACAGGACGAUGUCUGUCGUAUCAUUGAGUUUCUUCAUGCCAAAGGCUACGAGUUCUUAUUGCGCAGUCGUGUAGAAGACACUGGCCAUUACAGAACCGAAGCAGAAACACUCAUCCAUGACAAGUCCUUCGGUGCGUUUCGCCGCUGCUACGAUAGACCUUCCUUGAUGCUCGUCAUGAUGAAGUCUGGAUGUCCGGCCUCUAUUCUCGAGCUAUAUCUCGAGCAGCUUGAGGCAGAUGACAUGUGCCUCAAGAGCCUUGCAUCACGCCGCCACGAGAAGAAACAGAACGGGAAUCUGCAUCGAUUCUCUCGUACUGAAGUCGCCCAGCUCAUUGACGUCUAUCUCGAUGAGCUUUUCGGCCUCUGGACUUGGCGGUGGGAAACACCCGAGCAAAUGGGCGACAGUCUCCAGGACAAGAUCGAGUUGUUGAUCCUGUAUGACGGUAUUGAUGAAGAGGAAGAGAAGCUGCUCCGCGAUAUCCUCUCAGCGUUACGUCGGAUCGAGACCAGGAACAUCAAACAAGGUGGUCUCGAUUACGAACGCGAUGCCUCCUGGUGCUGGGCCCAGCUAUUCAUGUCUGUCACUGAUAUCGACAGGAAGAGGAAUCGUGUAUUGGAUCAGUAUGAUGAGUACAUGACCUAUUCAAAGCCGUGGAAAUGCUUACACGAGUUUUUCCAUACCACCCACUGGUGA